GGUUCUUUAGACGUCUUUAUUUGCAGAGUAUUCACUUUUAUUUUUGCAAAACCUGCAGGAAGUGUCUUGUCGCAUUUUAUAAAGAAUUCUCAUCUGUUGAACGGUAGAACCCUUGUCAGUAGAGUGGUCAUCCAUGAAAACUUUCACCUUUAUCCAUCUACCUGGGUUCUCUGGCAAAUCGAGAAUUAAAGUCUCUCAAUUUUUGCGCUAUUGCCUCUCUCUGUGCGGUUCAGUUGGCCAGAGAGACAUGGGUGAACUGGAGGGAGAUUGGGAGAGAAGUCUAGGUGUUUACCUGAGCGGCAGCAGUUGUAAAAUGUAAAUUUGAUGAGGAGGCAGGUGAGUCCGCAAUGAGCAAGUGCCUCAAGUGUUGAUUGAGAACAUAUUAAAGUGUAUGGAAGAGAUAAAACUGGAUUUACUGGCUUCUCAUCGGCCGACCAGAGGAAGUUGUCACGCGCCAAAAGCGCGCUGCUAACUCUCGGAGAGACACUCUCUGGCCAGAGCAUCAGAAAACCAUUCGCCAGUUGAGCUGUGUUGUUCACUCUGGCAAGAUAUUUUUGGAUCGGAGUGCAGGAGAGUUGUUCAACUGUGUGGUUGGGUUUUGUGGUGUAUUCGUGGUUUAAAUACCAUAAAUAUACAGAAAAGUGCUGGUAUUUAUUUUUUGGGAAUAUUCCGAAGAGAUUGGAAAAUGGAUUUUUCAUUUAAAUAAUUUUGCAACCAGUGAAUGUUGGAUUGGAUUAUAAGAGAGGAUUCAAAAAAAAAGUGAUACGUUAAAAGAGGGAUUGUGCACACAGAAAAAGUGAUCUUGAUAGUGCACAGAGUGUUCAAAAGUGAAUUUCCUGGUGAAUUUUUCUCAAUCUCUCUGGAGGGCAGUUACAGUGUGCUCGAACAAUGGAUAAAUUCCUAUAUAUCAGCUUUUUUCUGGUCAUACUAGUGGAACUGAGCAAGUCUCAGGGCACGGCGGGAAAUCCCACAGCAUCGAAUGUACAGGUGCAACAAGUGCAAGGAGCAGAAAUUCCAACGAUAAGUCAGACCAAUAGUCAACAAAAUGUGCAGACACAGCAAGUUCAGCAGCAAAAUUAUCAGGAAUUGCAGGAGUUCCUGCUGCAGCAGGAAUACCUGGAGAAGCAGAAGCAACAGCAAUUGUUGCUGCAACAACAGCAGCAGCAACAGCAAUUGCUGCAACAGCAGCAGCAGCAACAAAUUCUUCAACAGCAAAAACCGCCGCAACAACAAAUUACGGUGACUCAAAGGCUUCCUUCCCUGCAAGAAAUCCAGCAUGAUACGUCUCAAACGAAUUUGCUGACAAACACAUCCAAUCUUGAAAGAGAAGUACUGCGUUUGAUCUCAGAUGGAUCAGAACAUUUUGCCUUGCAGCUUUUUAAAGGAGUAAUUGAGGAAAAUUCAGCCCAGAAUUACAAUUUUAUCAUGUCACCUUUCUCUAUAUGGUCCCUGAUCGUACUCCUGGUUGAGGGAUCAGGUGGAAGAACACUCUCAGAGAUUGAAUCAGUUCUGGGCCUCCCCAAAAAUAUUGCCUACGUGAGAGAUGGUUAUAGACAAAUUCGCAAUGCUUUAAAUGUCAACACUUCCACAUUGGAAAUUUCGACUCUGCAUGCUAUGUUCUCAGACAAAAACAGACCAGUUCAUCCCGACUUUGAACGGAGAAUUGAACAAUUCUACUAUACUGAAGUAAUACCAGUGAAUUAUCUAGAGACUCUACAGACGGCCCAGACUAUUAAUCGAUAUGUAGCAACAGCCACAGGAGGGAAAAUCAACCAAAUACUUAAAAGAGGUGAUCUCAUGGAUGCUAACAUGAUCCUAAUUUCGGCUAUUUUCUUCAGAGGACAAUGGAGGAGCCCUUUCAAUGUCUCCCAAACGACAGAAGAGCCCUUCUAUGAUGAAUUUGGAAAAACUCAAGGGAAAGUUAACAUGAUGUUCCAACGAGGAAGUUUUCCCUAUACAGCAAUUGCAGACCUCGAUGCUCAUAUUUUAGAGCUGCCCUAUGGAAAUCUCAAUAGACUUAGUAUGAUCAUUCUUUUGCCACGAAAAGGCACCCCUCUUGGCCAGGUCAUUGAAAAAUUGGCAAACGUCCGACUCCAGCGAGUUUAUGACGAACUGAAAAAGGCUGCUGAUGAAUAUGAAGACGAUGAAGUAGAAGUGUAUAUGCCUAGGUUUAAGAUUACCGCUGAUUUCGUUCUCAAUCGUGUCCUCGAAAAGAUGGGCUUGCUUGAUAUCUUCAGUCCGACAAAUGCCAAUCUAUCGAAAAUUACAAGCUCCCAAAUAUACCUUUCCCGGCUCAUUCACAAGGCAACCAUUGAGGUGAAUGAGGAAGGAACUGUCGCAUCAGCCGUCACAGCUGGUGUUUUUGCGAACAAAGCCACACCGCCACGGUUCUAUGCAAAUCGGCCGUUUGCAUAUCUCAUCGUGGACAAAACGACAAAUAUUCUAUUGUUUUGCGGACAAGUCAAAAAUCCAAAUACUUUCUACUUCUGAAUGAUGUACAUGUAAUGAGUGAUAAUAUGUAUUUCUCACAUUAAAAUUUGUAUUGAAUUUUUUUAACAUUAA